GAGCAUAGCCAUGGGCGUUCUGUGCAGAGUUGAAAUCAUGGUAGCGACUCAAACCAAACAGUAUGGUUGGAAAUAAGGGAUGGUGACCGUGAGUGAGUUCCGGCUAAGUGAGCUCGGCGAGUUGUGUUGCACCCGCCCAUGUCCGAGCUGGAUGGCCUCGUCUUGUAGAUGAUGAGCCGGAGACAAGACUUGGUCGGCUAGUGUUUCUUGGUGGUUGGAACGACAGCUGGGAAAUGGCCCGUGCACAAAAACGACCCAUAGGUUUCACGUGAUUCCGCACGUGCCUUGAUCCUUGCUCAGACUUACAGUGGCAGUCAGCACUGACCACCUCAAGGUGGGAGCUCCACUGGCUUCUCAGCGACAGUAGCCAGAGCUCCGAGAACAGAAGCGCAAGCAUCACCACCUCGAACCCCCCUCGCAAUUGUCGACGCUAGCCCGCCUCAAUUGCAGCAAAAAUGGCGACAGGCACGGCUUCCGAGAUCCCGCGGCAGGCGACCCGCGAGGAGAUGCGUGAUGCCAAACUCCCCAUGGCGUACCGCGACAGCUGCGGCCACCUCUUGAUCCCCCUCAACCGCUGUCGCCAGGACACAUACUACCUUCCCUGGAAGUGCAACGACGAGAGACACAGCUACGAAAAGUGCCAGUACGUCGAGUUCAAGAAGCGGGUGGCCAAGAUGGACGAGCUCAGAGAGGCCAAGGGAGGUGCGCGGAGUAACUAG